AUGGGCGCAUAUUGCAACGACGCCGUUUCAUUUCCACCACGUUACGACGUCAUAAAACACGUUCAUGAUAAUGUCCAUGGCAACAUCUUCAUCGAUUCUCUCAGUUUGAAGUUCAUUGAUACUGAACAGUUUCAGAAGCUUCGAGAAUUGAAACAACUAAGUUUCACACACUUGGUGUAUCCAGGUGUUGUCCAUUCAAGUUUUGAGCAUUCUCUUGGAGGGUAUUGUAUUACUGGUCAAUCUGUUGAAAAGCUUAAUAGUUAUCAAGGAAUGGAGCUUGGCAUUGAUAGAUUUGAUAUGCAAACAGUGAAACUUACUGGACUAUUACAUGAUGUAGGACACGGGCCAUUCAGUCACUUGUUUGAACGGGAGUUUCUUCCCCAAGUUAACAGCGGUUCUCAUUGGUCGCAUGAACAAAUGUCAGUCAACAUGGUUGAUUAUAUAGUUGAGGAACACAAUAUUGAUAUUGAAUCUCAGAUGUUAAGAAGAGUCAAGGGGAUGAUAUUGACGAGCUCCGAAUUUUCUCUUCCCAGAAGCUCAAGUGAGAAAAGUUUCAUGUAUGACAUUGUUGCAAAUGGACGAAAUAGAAUUGAUGUUGACAAAUGUGAUUAUAUUGCCCGUGAUUGUCGAGCUUGUGGCCUUGGAUGCAACUUUGAGUUUCAGAGGUUAACAGAGACCAUGCGGGUUUUGGAUAAAGAGAUUUGUUAUCGUGCGAAGGACUAUCUUACAAUCCACAAGUUGUUCGCCACUCGGGCUGAUCUGUAUAGAACAGUUUAUACACAUCCAAAAGUAAAGGCAAUGGAGCUUAUGGUGGUUAAUGCACUUGUAAAAGAAAAUGAUUUUUUGCAGAUUUCAGAUACCAUUCAAGAUCCGGCUGAAUACUGGAAGCUGGAUGAUUCAAUUAUAAAAACCAUCGAGACUUCUCCAUUAGAAGAACUGAAGGAAGCUAGAGAGUUGAUUAUGCGCAUUCGAAGGAGGAAUCUGUACCAGUUUUGUAACGAGUAUGCUGUUCCAAGAGAUAUAAUGGAUAAUGUUAAGAAAGUCACUCCACAGGAUAUAGUUUGUUCCCAGAAAAAUGGUGGAGUUAUGUUGAAAGAAGAGGAUGUAGCUCCAGAACUAAAAAAAAAAGAAUUUGCAGAGGCAUUUGAAAAUUAUCAGCUGAAAACAUAUGGAAUCAAAACACAGGUUUCACAAUUAAGAGGUGAAAAUUCUUCCUUGGUAAAGCGCCUCACUGAUGUAAGCCAAAAGUACAUUGAUUCUGCUAUUGACAACAGAAUGCUGAAAGCUGAUGUUGAAACUUUGAGAGCAAAGGUGAAGAUAGCUGAAGAGACUGUCAAAAGAAUUACUGGAUUGAAUCCGAUGUUUCACAUCAUGCCUGAUAUGUCAUCAAUGAGCAUGCCUUCAUUUGAUGGAAGCACUUCAGACAAUUCAGCUGACGCAGAUGUUCCUGUGCAAGACGAUCCACAUCAUCACUUCUACCAACAUACAUAA